UCCCUGACUUGGGAAUCGCUGCGAGGACCAAACGACUGGCGUAGGUGCGCAACGGAAGGCACACAGGAGCGCCGGCCACUCGCCCCGGACAAACUGCCCGCCCCGCGAGGCUCCUGCGGGUGAAGCGGAGCUGUCGUCUCCUCGGUACCCGGGACGCAGGGAGCGCAGAGCGGGUGUUGUCCAGGAGCCCUCAGCACCAAGAGGGGAGACAGUUGGGACGGGUGGUCUUGACCCGCUAGGACUUGGCCGUUUGGUGUCUGGGGAUGCUCAGCACUCUGCUCUAGGUGUCAGAGCCCGGGGAACACUCUCCAAGGCUCCAGACCUACAAGGAAUGCUUGGCACCGCGUGGAAGCUGAUUGGUUUGCUGGUCCUGGGGACUCCCAGCCCUGGCCAUGGGUUAUUCCGCUCCAUAUACAGGAGUGUCCAAGUUUCCACCCCACAGCAGGGAGAUCUGGGACAACCGCUGUUUCUUACCCCUUAUAUUGAAAGUGGGAGAAUUCUGGAAGGGCAAGAAUUGAGUUUUGUCAGUCCAUUCCCAGGAACGACUGUAAAGAGUUACGCCGGCUACCUCACCGUGAAUAAGACUUACAACAGCAACUUAUUCUUCUGGUUCUUUCCAGCUCAGGCACAACCAAUGAGUGCCCCCAUAGUUCUCUGGCUACAGGGAGGGCCAGGAGGUUCAUCGAUGUUUGGACUCUUUGUCGAAAAUGGGCCUUAUUUUGUCACAAGAAACAUGACCUUGCGCAUGAGAGACUUUUCUUGGACUGCUACAUUUUCUAUGCUUUACAUCGAUAAUCCAGUUGGCACAGGCUUCAGUUUUACUGAUAAUAUCAAGGGAUAUGCAGUCAAUGAAGAUGAUGUGGCAGAAAAUUUAUACAGUGCACUAAUUCAGUUUUUCCAGUUGUUUCCUGAAUUUAGAGAGAAUGACUUUUAUGCCACUGGGGAGUCCUACGCAGGGAAAUACGUACCAGCCAUUGCUCACUACAUCCAUUCCACCAACCCCCUGAUGGAUCUGAAGAUCAACUUGAGAGGAAUUGCCAUUGGAGAUGCCUAUUCAGACCCCGAAUCUAUUAUAGGGGGCUAUGCGGCAUUUCUGUACCAAAUUGGCUUGUUGGAUGAGAGGCAGAGAAAGUACUUCCAGAAAAAGUGUGAUGAGUGCAUAAAGCACAUCCAACAGGAGGACUGGUUGGUGGCCUUUGAAAUAUUGGAUAAACUACUAGAUGGUGACUUAACGAGUGAACCUCCUUACUUCCAGAAUGCUACAGGAUGUAGUAAUUAUUAUAACUUCUUACAAUGCAUGGAACCUGAGAACCAAAGUUACUAGGAAAUUUUGUCACUCCCGGAAGUGAGACAAGCACUCCACGUGGGAAACCAGACUUUUAGUGACGGAUCUGAAGUUGAAAAGUACUUGCAAGAAGAUACAGUCAAGUCGGUUAAGCCAUGGUUAGCUGAAAUCAUGGAUAACUAUAAGGUCUUGGUCUACAAUGGUCAACUGGACAUCAUUGUGGCAGCUUCCCUGACAGAGCGCUCCCUGCUAGCCAUGGAGUGGAAAGGAUCCCAAGACUACAGGAAUGUGGAAAGAAAAGUGUGGAAGAUCUUUAGCAAUGAUGAAGAAGUGGCUGGUUAUGUACGGCAGGUUGGUGACUUCCAUCAGGUAAUUGUUCGAGGUGGAGGACACAUUUUACCUUUUGAUCAGCCUCUGAGAUCUUUUGACAUGAUGCAUCGUUUCAUUUUUGAUAGAGGAUGGGAUCCCUAUAAUGGAUAAACUACUUUCCUAAAAGAGAACUUUUCAUCUUUGAAGAGAAAGUUUGAAAAGUUUAAAAUUCAUAUAAGAAAAUUAUCUCUUCUUGUAUCUUAAGAGUGUUUCUCAUCAAUAAAAAUUACCCUUGAAACAAAUGUGCUUUUAUUUUUGGAGGGAGAUUGUUAUGAAAUUAACUUGUGAGAUGCUGUGCAACAGCAAGAACUGCAUGCUUUAACUAAGGGAUAGAAAGAGUGGAUUCUGUGGCACUGGUUCAGAUUGAAAUAGAUAAAUGAGAUGUUGGAUCUUGAAUAGGAAUUUUUAAUUCCUCCUAAGUAUAACUGAAAAGUACAAAUAAUGAACAAAAUUGUAACAAGUUGUUUAACUGUAGAGUUCGUCAUGCUACGCAUAUGAAGGUGUUUGAUAAAUAUUAUUGGAUAGUAACAGCUGAAUUAUCACCUCAAAAGGAAUGCAUGAAUUUGAAAUCAUGGUGGGG